CGAUCAACAUCCGGGUCAGCGGGUCUCAGAAAUGCGCGGCGGUGUUGUGGAGUCCGGGCUUUGAGUCUGAAUGGAGAUUUAAACCGCAAUUAAACCGGAUUUAAAGCGAUUUAAACCGGGAUUUUGCACUGUUCAGCCGCAGGGAUGGCGGGUUUACCCCCCGGAGACCCGCAGAUGGUCGCUAUGAUCGUGAAUCACCUGAAAACACAGGGGCUUUUCGACCAGUUCCGCAGAGACUGCCUGGCGGAUGUAGACACCAAGCCUGCGUACCUGCACCUGAGGCAGCGAGUGGAUAACUUUGUGUCCAACCACCUGUCCAACCACACCUGGAGCCCCCAGCUCAACAAGAACCAGCUGAGGAACAGCAUCAGACAGCUGGUGCUGCAGUCCGGGAUGCUGGAGCAGGGUGUGGACCGUAUCGUUGCUCAGGUGGUCGAUCCUAAGAUCCAUCACAUCUUCCGGCCGCAGGUGGAGCGGGUCGUCCGGCAGUUCCUGUCUCCAGGCAGCCAUAUGGAGGAGGAGGAGCCUCCGCUUGCUCCAUUCCCAUUGGAGGACAGACAGGAAGCUCAACCCCCGUCUCCAGGUCCAGCGUGCAGUGCAGUCGCCGACUCUGCAGAUCCAUUCUCCUCCCAGAGUCAAAAUUCCCAGAACCAGGAGCCGUCCAGCAGCCGAGUCCAAACCGGAGAGCCCGCCCCCGACGGCCCGGCUGCUGGAGCGGAGGACGGAGAGGCGGGCAUGAGCCUGGUGGAGGAGGUGGAGAUGGAGGUGGAGAAGAGAGAGGGAGGGGAGGAGCCUUUCGAGGGGGAGGGGCAGAAGUCGGCGAGCGACGGAGAGACGAGCAGAGAGAGAGAGGUGGAGGUGAAGAUGGAGAAAGAGGCAGAGGCUGAGGAGGUGAAUGAGGAGGAAAGAGAGGAGAAGGUGGAGAAAGAAGAGAUAAAGGAGAAGAGCAGCAGCAGUAAAGCAUCAGGGAGGAGCCGAGAGGAGAACCGAGAGACGGACACGCCCAAAUCCUCCACCGACAAACAGAACAUCCGCCAGAGAGCCCGAGAGAGACUCAAAGAAGAAUACUCUCUGGAGGACUCUGAUCUGGAGGGUCUGAGUGAUAUCACGGUGAGCUCGGUGCACACCAGUGAUCUGUCUUCGUUUGAGGGCGAGAGCGACGAGGACCAGGCCCCGUCCGAUUCCACUGAGGAGGGAGAAAUCACGUCUGAGGAUGAGAGGAAGCAGAGCAAGUCUGCUGGGGAAGACUCUGAGGAUAAUAAAGAGAAGAAACCUCGCGGAUCCAGACAGGCCUACGUCCACAAGCCCUUCCUCUACUCCCGAUACUACAGCGACUCUGACGACGAGGUGACGGUGGAGCAGCGGCGCCGCUCUGUGGCGAAGGAGAAGGAGGAGCGGGUGAUGAAGAGGCAGCAGAAUCGGGAGCGUCUGGAGGAGAAGAGGAGGCAGAAGGCAGUGCAGGCUGAGGAGAGGCAGCGGCAGAACGCUCCUCGUCCCCGAGCGAAGGAGGCGCGGAAAGAGAGGAAGGUUUUGGAGAAGAAGGUGGCGAUCAGCUGGAAACGGAAGAGAGAUUCACGAAAGGAAAUCGACUCUGGAACUAAGAAGAAGCAAGAGGAUGCAGAAUCAGCAAAGAAGGAGGAGGCACUGAAGUCUAAAGCAGUUCCUCUGAAGCCUUUGAGAAAGCUGUCUGAUGUGGAGGAGCAGCGGCGGAGGAAGAGCGGCAGCGUUUCGGAAGACUCAAGCGAGCCACGCAAGGUUCUCGACAAGAAACGCACUCACUCGUUCAUCCUGGACCUGGAGAUGGGAACGGAGGAGACACUGCGGCAGCGAGGGGGAGGGAAGAGCGAGCGGCACGUCCGCAGAGACAGCCAGUCCAGAGAGAAGGAACGGAAAGAGAAGGAGAAAGAUCGGAGCGUGACGGAUGAGCGGUCCAAGCACAAACAGAAGCUGGAGAGCAGAAAAGGAGGAGACACCCCAGGAGAGGAGAAGGAGGGAGUCUCUGGAAAAGGUACCGGUGAGGAUAAAGGAGAUAAAGGAGAAAGAAAAGGAACAAAAGUCAAAGGAGACAAGAAGAUCUCUACGCCUGCGAAGGAAAGAAGAGCGUCCGUUUCUGAAGGUUCAGCCUCCGUUGAGGAGGGAACCCUGAAGGACUCGAGGAAAGGGAAGACAUCUUCCGAGACUCCCAAAGAAAAAGAGAAGGAGCGCGUCAAAGGAGAAAAGCCAGGUAAGAGCGAUUCAAAACAGCUUCAUCGUCUGGAUUCUACUGGCUCCUCUGAGGAGAAGCCGGACGUAGAAGCAACUUCCGAAGUCAACAAGAAGAAAGACUCCAAACACUCCAAAGAUCUUCUGAGGAGAUCCAGGAGUCACACGGAAAGAGAAGGCAAACCUGCAGAGAAGGUCAAGAACAGACAGGACAGCAAGGAUUCGAGUGCAGGUGAGUCUUCCAAACACUCUGAUCUAGACAAGGAAUCAAGAAAGUCCAAAGAAUCCACAAAGUCAGUUUCCGAUAAACCAGAAAAACCAAGAUCCAAGUCCAGAGAUGACUUGAAAUCUCAGAGUCCGCUAGCAACUAAAUCAGACAAGAAGCUCCCAGGUCAGGAGGCCAGGAGUAAAGCAGGAACGCCUCCGAUCAAACCGGAAUCCUCCAAGGAAAAAAGGAAGGAAGGAGCAUCCAGAGACGACCGGAAAGCUUCAGAGGACCGCGCCCUUGAGAAAGGGAAAGAAGCGAAAGUCGCAAAGAAGACAAGCGAUAAAAAGACCAAAGAGUCCGAGAAGAAAGGAGGAGAAAGCAAGAAAGACAGGAGGAGCUCUCAGGCGAUUGAGCCUUCCUCUGGUUCUCCAGGUUCUGCGGUCGUUGGUGAAGAGGUGCAGCCGAUGGAAACACUGACCACAAUUUCAGACUCUCAGGUGAAGUCUGAUCUCACUGCUCCACAGGACUUAGGCACAGUGUCUGAUCUCACUGCUCCACAGGCAAUGGAGACAGAACCUGAUCCUCCAGUCUCUCAGACCAUCGAUUCUGAGUCUAAUCUCCCAGCCACAGAAGCUAUGGACAUUGAGUCUGAUCUCCCAGCUCCAGAGAAUUUGCUCGCAGAAUCAGAUAAUACAUCUCCUAAAAACUUAAAGGCAGAUACUGAACUUGAGGCACCACCAACCAAAGACAUGGAGUCUAAUCUUACGACUGCACAGGUCUUAGAUUCUUCCACAGUGUCUAAUCUCACCGUCCCACAGUCCUCAGAGUCUCUGACAGAGGCUGAUUCUACAGUCCCACAGGCUGUGGACACUGUGGCUGAUGUUUCAGUCCCAGAGACUUCAGACUCAAUCGUAGAGUCUAAUCUCAAUGCCUCACAGGCUUCAGAGUCUACUGCAACGUCUGAACUCACAGCUCCACAGGACGUAAACAAAGAGUCUGAUCUCGUAGUGCCAGAGACAUCAAACUCACACGUAGACUCCAAUCUAAAAGCCCCACAGGACUCGGAUGCAGAGUCCAAUCUAAAAGUUCCAGAGGUCUCAGAAACUCUUGUAGAGUCUAAUCUGACCGUCCCACAUGCUUUGGAUUCAGAAUCUAAUCUCCCACAUGACUCACAUGCCCCAGAAACCCUUACAGAAUCCAAUAUCCCAGACUCACAGGUCCCAGAAACGCUUACAGAAUCCAAUCUCCCAGACUCACAUGCACCAGAAACCCUUACAGAAUCCAAUCUCCCAGACUCACAUGCACCAGAAAUCCUUACAGAAUCCAGUCUCCCAGACUCACAGGUCCCAGAAACGCUUACAGAAUCCAAUCUCCCAGACUCACAUGCACCAGAAACCCUUACAGAAUCCAAUCUCACAGACUCGGAUGCCUCGGAAACUCUUUUAGAAUCCAAUCUCCCAGACUCGCACGCCCCAGAAACUCUUACAAAAUCAAAUCUUCCAGAUUCAUAUGCCCCAGAAACUCUUGCAGAGUCUGAUCUGACUGCCCUGCAGGUCUCAGAUGUAGAAUCUGAUCUUCCAGCUCCACAGGCCCUUGAUGCAGAGUCUAAUCUUGAGACAGAGCCCAAAGCAACAGCCCCAGAGGUGUCAGAAACUUCUGUAGAGUCUGAUCAAACAUCCCCACAGACUUUAGAUAAAGAGUCUGAUACAGAGUCUAAUCUCCCAAUCCAACAGAUCUCAGAAACUCAUGUAGAGUCCAGUACGACAGCACCACAGUGCUCGGCCACAGAGUCCGAUCUCACUGUAGCAGCACCUUUUGCACCCAAAGAUGCCCUCCCAGAGUCUGAUCAAGGUGUUAUAACAGCGCCACAGGCCUCGGACACCAAAUCUAAUCUCACAGCCCCACAGGCUGUGGACGGCGAAUCUAAUCCCACAGCCCCACAGGCUGUGGACGGCGAAUCUAAUCUCACAGCCCCACAGGCUGUGGACGGCGAAUCUAAUCUCACAGCCCCACAGGCCUCGGACACCAAAUCUAAUCUCACAGCCGCACAGGCCUCAGAUGCCGACUCUAAUCUCACAGCCCCACAGGCCUCGGACUCUGAACCUAAUCUCACAGCCCCACAGGCCUCAGAUGCCGAAUCUAAUCUCACAGCCCCACAGGCCUCAGAUGCCGAAUCAAAUCUUACAGCCCCACAGGCCUCGGCCACAGAGUCUGAUCUAACUGAAGCAGCACCUUGUGCACCCACAGACUGCUCCCCAGAGUCUGAUCAUGCUGUUAUAACAGCCCCACAGGCUACAAGCCCACUCCCAGCAUCCAAUCCCUCACCUGCUGACUCCAGCAGCGCACCUGUACCUGACGACACGUACGACGCACUGAGUGACAUCACUCCAGAGCCGGAGGAUGAGGAGGAAUCUACCAUGAGACUCACAGAGAGCCAAUCACAGCCCUGCCCCACAAUGAGACUCACAGAGAGCCAAUCACAGCCCUGCGCCAUCCCUGCAGAGGCCGAUGCCCUCCUGACCCUGAUGGACGUCUGUGCCUCUGCUGCCAAAAGCGAAGUGACGGGCGUGUCCGGCGUGUCUGAUGGGCAGGACGGUGAACAGUCUUCAGAGGAAGCGGAGAGGAAGAUGAAGGAGGCGGCGCUGACUCUGCUCUCCAUGGACCCGGAACUCGCCGUGGUUCAGAGUCCGGUUAUGGAGGCGAGUCCCGGUGCCGUGCAGGAGGAGGCACCUUCAUCCUCUGGUGAUAUAGAGGAACUGGAAAGCAGAUCGGCUGCUGAAGCCUCACCAUGUGUAGACCAACACACUGAAGGUGUGGAGCAGAGUAAAGCUGUGGAGCAGUCACUGUCUGAUGAUCCUGAACCCGUGCAGGAGGCUAAACCCCAGCCAGCGCGGAGAGGACGACCCCCUAAACUCCCCAAACAAACCAGCAGCGCCUCCAGGUCUGAUGGUCAGGAGCAGGACCGGUCCGAUCAGUCAGAAACGGAUGAAACUGAACCCGUGCAGGAGACUAAACCCCAGCCAGCGCGGAGAGGACGACCCCCUAAACUCCCCAAACAAACCACAUCUAAACCUCAGACUGACCAGCAGAGCGGCGCCAGAGACACCAACAAACCAGAACAGAAUAAAAGUGAGGAUGAGGAGGGUGAUGAAGGAUCUGAGAGCAGAACUCCACGCCGAGGACGAUCAUCUAAACUCACGGAGACACCAUCAAAACCCCAAGAGGCGGAGCCUUCAGAAGAGGAGGUGGAGCAGAAGGAGCAGGUGCGCAGAGGGAGGCGCUCUGGAGCUCAGGCUGCUCCUACAGCUAAACCGACACUGAAGAGGAAGAGGUCUGACCAGGCUGAGGAUUCUGGGAAAGAACAGCCAGCCGAGGAGGAAGAGGAGGAGCCUGUGAAAAAGACCAGAGAACACAAAGAGAGCGUGUCUGAAGAGGUGGAGGAGAAAGAAGAGCAGGAGAAAGCGAGUGAUGAGGGAAAAGAGGAGGAGGAGAAGAAACAGGAGGAAGGAGAAAAGGAGAGCAGUAAAGACUCUAAAGAGGAGACUGAGGAGGAGGAGAAGGAGGAGGAGCCAGUGAAGAAACCUCGCAGGGGCCGCCCCCCUAAAAAACACCCAGUAACAGAGGAAUCAGAGAAGAGAGAGGAGGAGGCUGAGGAGGCUGAGGAGGAGGAUAAGGAGGAAGAGGAGGAAGAGGAGACGGUAACGAGAGCCACGACUCGAGCUGCAUCACGUCUGGAGGCUGAGAAAAAUAAACCAAGCAAGCCCUCGACCCGAGCUCUCAGCAAACUGAGUGGGAAGGAGGAUAACCCUGCAAACUCACGAGCUUCUCGUGGUCAGGUGUCUACAGUGGCUAAAGGACGUAAGCGAGAGGCGAGUUCUCCGACACCUCGCGGCCGCGGAGCCCAAAAACCCGAAGAACCCGCCUCCAAGAGAGCCAAGCGGUGAAGAACCGACCAAUCAGGAGAUCUGAUAGAUCCUGAGAUCCUCGGAUAGACAGUAGAACCUGUAUUUAGGAGAGCCUCACAGUGUUAACACUAGUUUAUAUAUUUUUGGGGGGUUUUAUUGCAGUCUGACUCGGAUUCAGAUCAGAUCAGAUUAGCCUGGAAUAAGAGACGGAACCACAGGGUAUCUCACGAUACUGUGAUACUCAAUACACAACAAGACAAUUUUCUACUAUACUUUACAGCAUCUGUGUUACUGAAGAGGAUAAAACACUCCAAUAUGAGACAAUACAAAUCAAUAUAUCACAAUAUCAAUAUUUCGUCCCACCUCUAGUCUGGAAGUGUGAAUGGAAGAUUACAUACAGUUCCGAUAGUAUUAAUCAGAUAUUUAUCAGAUUGCUUCAGAUUUAUCAUAUUGAGGUAAAUAUACUGUCUUAACUCUUAAAACCUGUAUUUAAGCUGACAUUUUUAUUUAUUUAUAUUUUAUUUUCAAUUUUUUUUCUCUAAUUUACAAGGCUAAUGACAUCGUUUUAACAAUUUUAUUUAUUUAUUUUUUUUUACAUUUUUUUCUUGAUCUCAAGUUUUACUUUACUUUCUCAAAAUGUUUACUUUAAACUUUUGAAGAGUUUUUUUCAUAAAUUUAAUCAUUUCUCUGUUUUCCGACUGAUAUAGAAAUUGGCUUAUUCUGACUCAAACAGAACCAGUCAAAGUUUGGACACACCUUCAUUGUUUUAUUUUAUUUCUUUAUUUUCUUUGUAAUACUGGUUUAUUAUCUGAAAUAAUAACUGAAUAUACUGAUUUGUUAUUGUGCCAUAUUGAGUGUUUUCAAGAUGCGUCAUCAAAGUUCAGGAAAAUCUAAUGUCAUUGUGUAAAUUGUGAGAUGAUAAGUAGAGAUUUUGAGAUAAUUAGUGAAGGUUUUUCUAGUGUGGAAGUGUUGGGAAUUCAGUGUACAGUGUUUUUAUCUGAUUUUCUCACUGUUACAGUAUAUUUCGCUCCAUCACUCCGCUUAUAUUUACAGUGUAUGUGAAUGCUCUGGUGUUUUAUGGUUGUGUUUGGUGUUUAUUUGCUUGUGUUUGUUUGUGGAUGCUGAUGUUAAUCUGUUGGCGUGUUCAACAUGAAGACACUCAUUCUGUGAAUGGAAAGAAUUGAACUGUUCUUUUAUACUUCUAGCUUUUGUUAUAAAGGCCAGUGGGACCAUCA